CAUCGACAUCUCUCACAUCAUUCUCUCUCUCUCUCUCUCUCGAACAACACCACUUAUUUCACGUUCCUUUUCUCAUUUCAGCGACCCGCAAUAACACAACAUGUCGUCCGGUUCAAGCUGACAUUUUAAAAAAUAUAUAUAUCACCAAGACAUUUUUAACGACACCGUUUAUUUUUCAAACGGGGAGACUCGCGUUUACGUAAGUACAAUGACCUUUUUCAUUUCGCCAUUUUCCCAUCUUCUCUAAAAAUAAAACAUUAAAAAAACCGAGGCUGGCAGUCAAAAAUCUUAUUGAGUCUCAUUUGGAUCCAAUUUCGCCAUUUUACUGCAACGACCCACGCCGGCGAAGACGAGAGAAAUCGUGACAAAUCAGAAAACACUCGAGUGAAACGGAAAAAAAACAAUAGUUGUGCUCGAUGUUUCCACUCGGGACAUUACUUCCGCCGCACCAAGCUGGCUGUAGUGUGUUCUGUGAUUCGUGUCGAUGCCUAAUUGUCGUAAAAAACUACAAAUCCCAGCAAGAAUGUUAGGAAUAAAGUGAGCGCUCCCCUGUCAUCGGGAAAUGUCGGAAUUGGUAAAAUUGUGGAUUGAAGUCCGUGAAUUGCGCUUUUUAUUCCACGAUGAAAAUGACGUAUAAUGAGUAUUUCAUUCGUGUUAGCCGAUUGCUAGCAGAACAGAAUGUUCCCGGUGACGUUUGGAUUGCGUCAUCGAUGUUUUUUCUCUCAACGUCCACUUGAAACGGUCAUUCUCAUAGUAAUGUGGAUUUUAAUCAAAUACAAAUACGUAAAGCCCAACUGUCAUUACACACCUAAUGUCAACAGUUUGUUUUAACACACAGCGUACAGUUACACUGUGAAGGACUCUGUUCACUUUUUUGUUGUUGGGAAUCGAGAUUAACCGAGAUACAUGAAGGCAGCACAGCUCUCUCGCUUUGUGUCGCUGAGUGGUGACGUCAUAUACAAAGGACGCGGGAUCUGCUGCUUGAAAAUAAGCCGAAAAUAAAACACGCACAAUGUUCGCUUUUUGCGGUUUUUCGCGAUGUUUCCGAACCGGAACAUAAGCGACAUUUCUCCCAACAUCAGAGGGAACCCCUCCAUGUUUCGUCACUGGCUGAACUCCUCCGGCUCCUCCUUCCUCCCCUGUGUCUGUCCCUCUCUCAUCAGGGCCGGCUUCAGAAGCAGCAGUGCCUCAUCCUCUUCCUCCUCCUCCCCCUUUCUCCCGCGAUUCACCCCCACUCCACAUCCAUGGCGGUCCCGGCCACCGCCACAACACCCCUACUUCUGUGGCAGGGCAUUACACUCAAGUGACAUCAGCCGUGGUAACCUUGGCGGGAGCUGGCGUUCGCUCUACACGUCUCCGGGCCUCCUCAUGGAGCGGCGCAACAGAGAUCGAGAGCCUCCGCACAAACGGAGGAAGAAUGAGGAGGAGAAGAGGGGAGGAAAAGUCAAGGAUGGAACCUCGUGGACGGAGCAUCGUCGCCCGGGUCCCAGCGUGGACAUCAGCCCACGACAUAACCUUCACUUUAGAGACGGAGCGUGGGGCCGAGGGAGGAGUGAUGGCGUAAGGUGGGAAAACAGCAGAGAGAAAGAUGUUGAAAGGACUAAAAGUGAGAGUAAAGACAGACAGAGGAAAGACGGCAGCAGUCACGAUGGUCAGUGGAGGAGCAAGCGUCAACAAGACGGACAUACGGACUCUCAGGCUACGACUCAAAUUCCAAAAUCUAAACCGGAGUCAGAUAAAGUUCCCACUCACAAACCAAGACCUAACGCCUGGUUCAAAGAGGAGCAGGGACAGUGUGACGGGAAAACGACAGCUCCACAGGAACCGCAGAGAAACAGAAGCAGUGGUCACAGUCCAUGGAUGAGGCUUCACCCUCAGCCGUGCAGCGUCACUCACCACCCAAACCUGUGGCAGGAGGCCGGAGCAAACAGAGAACCUCCUCCACCUGGAACCUCCUCGACAACUCUUCAGAGACACUGGGAGGCCCCGCCCUCCUGCAGUACCCGCCCUCAGCCAGCAGAUGGCAGCACAGCCUUUGACUUCUCGGUGAUGUCGUACAACAUUCUGUCCCAGGAUCUGCUGCAGGACAACGCUUACCUGUACAGACACUGUGACCCGGCCGUCCUGCCCUGGGAGCACAGGCUUCCCAACCUGCUGAGCGAGAUCCAGCAGCAUGACGCCGACAUCUUGUGUCUUCAAGAAGUCCAGGAGGGACACUAUGAAAACCAGAUCAAACCUGCUCUGCAGACACUUGGUUACCAGUGCGAGUAUAAGAAGCGGACAGGAAGUAAACCUGACGGCUGUGCCGUCGUGUUCAAGGCGUCCCGCCUCUCCCUUGUCGCCACCAACCCCGUCGAGUUCUUCCGCCACGGCGACGCCCUCCUCGACCGCGACAACGUGGGCUUGGUGCUGCUGCUGCGACCCAACGGCGCCGCCCCAUCCGCUGCCUCCAUCUGCGUCGCCAACACACACCUCCUCUACAACCCCCGCCGCGGCGACGUCAAGCUGGCGCAGCUCGCCGUCCUGUUGGCUGAGGUCGGCCGUCUGUCCCGCCGCCCGGACGGAUCCACCCACCCUGUUCUGCUCUGCGGGGAUUUUAACUCCACCCCCUGGAGUCCACUCUACUGCUUCCUGACCACGGGCUUCCUGGACUACAGAGGACUGCAGAUCGGCAUGGUGUCGGGUCAGGAGGUCGUCCCCAAAGGUCACCGUCUCGUCCCGUGUCCAAUCUGGUCUCAAAGUUUAGGAAUCAACGCUCGGUGUCAGUACGAGGAGAGAGAAACUGCUGAGUCAUCGUCCAGCUGUUCUUCAGGGACGCUCGCUGUAGAGGGCGCCAUCUCUAACCUGACUGUGGAAGACGUGGCUUCUAAACCUGCUGCUGCUUUUAACAGGAAGAGGAUCGAGCACGGUCUGAAGCUGCAGUCGUCGUAUCGACAUCACCUGAUGCCUGACGGCAGACCUGAGAUUACCACGUGUCACUCUCACACGGCCAUGACGGUGGAUUACAUCCUGUUUACUCCAGAAGACUUCUUGGCUCCUCCCACUUCGUCUCCCGGCGACCGCGGCCUGCAGCUGCUGGGCCGGCUGUCGCUGGUCGGUCAGUCUGAGCUGGAGGAAGUCAACGGUUUGCCCAACCGCCGCCACUCAUCCGACCACCUCCCGCUCCUCGCUCGCUUCCGCCUGCGUCUCUGAGCGCGGCCGACGUCAGCUGAUCUGGACCACGACGAAGACGAUUUGUCCCUUUUUAGAUUUUUAGAUUCAUAACUGCAGUUGUCAUGGCUACCAGCUUAAUAUAUGACUCCUGCUCUAAGUUUGUAAACCACUCACUCUCCCACACCAAAGCCCACAGAGAAAAUC